AUGAAAAAUGAUGAAGGCAUUGGUGAAGGCUCUCAAAAUUAUUCCUUCCGAGAUCCCUACGUCAAGAGUAUUCAUGAGAUGAUAUCUAAACAUGCUCCUUGUUUUUCGAUUGAUCCCGAUCAUGUUUCUAUUAUUGAUACGCCAUCCAAGUUUUAUGAUGGAUUGAUUGAUGGUAUUCAGAAUGCUCGACAAAGAGUGAUAUUGAGUAGUUUGUAUUUGGGUACAGGAAUACAAGAGCAAAAAAUUGUAGAUGAACUUGAAAAAGCAUUAGAGAGAGAAAAAGAGUUGCAGGUUGUCAUUUUGUUGGAUUAUUUGAGAGGAACAAGACAAACCAGUGAGAUCAAAAAAGAUAGUAGUGUGACCAUGUUGGAAGGGCUUGUCAAAAAAUUUGGAAAGGAGCGAGUGAAUGUAUCCUUUUAUCAUACGCCUAAUUUGACUGGAUUUUGGAAGAAUGUGCUUCCUGCACGUGUUAACGAAAUUAUUGGUGUGCAACACAUGAAAUUGUACAUGUUUGAUAAUGAUAUGAUUAUUUCUGGAGCUAAUCUGAGCGAUUGGUAUUUCGUAGAUAGACAAGAUCGAUACAUGUUGAUUAGAAAUGAAAAACAAGUUAUUGAUUUUUUUACUGGUCUGGUUAAGACUGUUCAAAGUUUUUCGUACAGAUUGUGUGAAAAAGGGCAUUUGACAAUUUUCUCUCCAGAUCCUGUUCAUAACAACAAGGAAUUUAGAUUAUUUGCAGAGCAUGCUGUUAGACAAUACUUUUUCAAUCAACGUUGGUCCAAUAAUACAUCCAACAGAAUCACAAAUACUUGGAUAUUUCCAACCAUACAAAUGGGUCAAAUUAAUGUUAGACAUGAACAAUUUUUAAUUAGUGGAAUUAUUGGUGCUGCCAUUGAAAAUUCUUCUCUGGCCUUCACAUCGGCCUAUUUCAAUUUUACCAAGGAGUACAUGACAGAUGUGUUGACUUCUUCAUGCAAAGAUAUUGCAAUUUUGACAGCCUCUCCGCCUGCAAAUGGAUUUUUCACUGCAAAGGGUGUCUCAAAAAACAUUCCCAUGGCUUAUGAUACAAUGGAACAAGAAUUUUAUUCAGCGGUUGAGAAAAAUCAAAAACUUGGUUCCAUUAAGCUAUAUGAGUACAUGAGAGAGAAAUGGACUUUUCAUGCAAAGGGGCUGUGGCUUUACUCACCCAAUAAGCAAUUCAAUGCUCCCUUUUUAACUAUGAUUGGAAGUAGUAACUUUGGAGGUAGAUCUACGGAACGAGAUAUUGAAGCUCAAAUAAUUCUGAUGACCGAGGAUGAAAAAUUAAUGAAGAGAAUGGAAGAAGAGCGUCAAAAUCUUCAGACCUAUUCCAAACUUGUCACCAAAUCAACAUUUUCAGUUCCCGAAAGACGAAUUGGACGAGUAUCUCACUUUUUAGUUUCCAAAUUUUUCCAUAAAUUCCUAUAA